GGAGUCUGCUAAUGUUAAUGGUAAGCUAAAGGCCUCAAUUCUAUCUUAAAAACCUUUCUCCUUAACGUUCGCAUGAACAAUGGAAAACGAUUACAUCAGUCACUUGAUUUCCACCAAAAGCAUAAUAUAAUAUGUAUCAAUAAUGUCCAAUAAAAAAAUCCUUUUUGAAGGCAAGAUAGCAAUAUGAUAGUGGCAGGUAUCGCAGGUGGAUCGAGUAUACCGAGUGUGACCGCAGACAAGUGCUAAACGAUUUCAUUAGUUGUCGUGAUUAAAAACUUUUACUUUCGUUUAACGAGUAUCAUCUGUUUACGGAAGAAAUAUGGGGUUAGAUUUCAUUGAAGGACAAGGAGAGGAUUUUGAAAGAGCUUUAGAGCAUACUGGUUUUGGGAAAUUUCACUACUUUUUAUUGACAAUAUGUGGACUUAUAUAUCUGAACACCGCUGUCGGUAUAACAAUAAUAUCUUUUGUUCUACCUUCAGCAACAUGCGACUUUCAGAUGUCAUCUUCAGACAAAGGAUGGCUUACUGCUGCCCCUAUGCUUGGAAUGGUAAUUGGCUCAUAUUUUUGGGGAUGCCUGGCUGACACGAAAGGUAGAAAAACCGUAUUGAUUGGUGCACUUCUGAUGGAUGGUAUAUGCGGAUUGCUGUCCAGUAUUUCACAAGUGUACUGGUUGUUUAUGUUAUUCAGAUUUUUUAACGGAUUUGCAAUAACUGGAGCUAUGGGAAUAUGUUUCCCUUAUUUGGGAGAGUUUCAGCCGAACAAAUAUCGCGAAACAAUUUUAUGUUGGAUGGAAUUGUUUUGGACUUUGGGAGUAAUUGCUUUGCCAGGUAUAGCGUGGAUAAUAAUUCCAUUGGAGUUCGAAUAUAUAACUGAAACAUUUAGGUUUAGAAGCUGGAAUCUCUUUGUAGCGGCAUGCGCUAUUCCAAGUAUUCUCAUUGGGCUAUGGCUUCUCUUUUUUCCGGAAAGUCCCAAGUUCCUUCUUGAAUGUGGAGAAGCAGACGAAGCUCUUGACGUAUUACGAGACAUGUAUGCAAGUAAUACAGGUGACAACGGUUCGAAUUUUCCUGUGGUGAGCUUAAGAGAAAAAGUACGUACGAUGAGUGUAAUUUCUCAACAAUCCACCAGAAGUAUUCGUAGCUUGAGGAUAAGGAAACCUAAAGAGUUAAAACUUUUAUUAGGAGAGAUAUGGGAACAAACUAAAGCUCUAUGCAAGCCUCCUCAUCUUCGAUAUACGGUUAUAACAUGUCUUAUUCAAUUCGGUUUAACAACGAGUUAUUAUACUUUGAUUAUCUGGUUCCCAGAACUUUUCUACAGAUUUGAAGAAUUUGAAAGUUUACAUCCAAAUGAAGCUGCCUCAGUAUGUGAAGUAUCCUCAGUAGUGAUAAAGACAAAUACUUCUCUAACAAUUGAAAAUGAAUUUUGUGGAGAACCAAUUGCCGAUUCCGUAUUCUUACACACUUUGAUUAUCGGCCUGGCCUGUAUUCCCACAAGCUUUUGGCUGCCUUUGUGUGUGCAUCGACUUGGAGCUAAAUUUUUCUUGGUUUUCAGCUUAAUAGUGGCUGGAGGUGUAACAAUAGGUCUUUAUUUUGUUAACUCAGCAAUGUCUAAUUUGGUGCUUUCCUGUAUAUUUGAAGCUUUAACUAGUUUAGGAAUCAGUACCGUGUACUGUGUGAUGGUGGACUUAUUUCCAACAAAUUUAAGGGUUAUGGCGGCAGCUUUAUCGCUCACGUUUGGACGAGGUGGAGCAUUGAUAGGAAAUCUAAUUUUUGGAUUCCUCAUAGACUUAAAUUGUGUUGUGCCUAUCGUAUUAUUUGCAUCGAUGUUGUUAGUCAGUGGACUUCUAUGUUUAAUGUUACCUAGUACAGGAAAAGGAUCUCUAGACUAGAAAUUAGAACAAAUUAUGUGUGUGACGAUUUGUGAAGAUGUGAUCGAAAAAUUGCUUACAAAGGAUUAAAAGUGAUGCAGAAUAAAGUGAAAACUGAAAUAGUAAAUAGAUACAAAUCUCGAUAUGAAUUUGAAACAUUUGAAAAAUUUAAAAUGAAACAGAGAAAUCAUUUAGAUUGGAUCUUAAAUUGCGGCUUCUUGGCAAAAAUUGAUGAAGAUUUUCUAAUAACUCUACAAUAAAGCUUUUAAAUUAUCUAUUUUCUAGCCUUUUUAUA